CUUGUUUUUGUUUUUGUUUCAGAUGUUAUUGCUUCACUUGCUGAUGUUCUUCUUUUAUUUAGUAUAAAUUAUUUGUUUAUUUGUUGGCUGGUGUUGUUUGUUUUGCAGACCAAUGAAGACCAACACAUCAUCUAGUAUUAGAAAAAUUAUUGGGAUGAGGGCUUGCUUGAUCUGGAGCCAAAUUUUAGAGGAGAUGAGCAUCUCGAGGUUAACCAUAAACUACUAAAAAAAAGACUUUAGCAUUGACUUGACUACGAGAUAGAGCAGCUACAAACACAGAAUAGUGUCAAUACAUUAUCAAGAACCACCUUUUAUGCAGGAAACGCACAGCAAACAAGAUUGUAAACAUGCUCAUCUGGUCUGCUUAUUUACUUGCUGAUGCAACUGCAAUCUUUGCUAUUGGACUCAUUUCCAGCACCCAGAAUUCUCCUACGCCGUCUGCCUACCCAGAUAACAAUGACCUCCUUGCUUUUUGGGCUCCAUUUCUUCUGCUGCAUCUUGGUGGCCCAGAUACCAUCACUGCUUUCGCACUCGAAGAUAACGAGUUGUGGCGUAGGCACUUGCUGCAGCUCAUGUUCCAGAUCGUGGCUACAGCUUAUGUCUUUAUUCUAACUAUUCCCAGAAAUGAAGUAAUUAUUCCUUCGUUAUUAAUGUUUCUUGGUGGUAUUAUCAAGUACUUGGAGCGAACUUGUUCCUUAUAUCUUGCCAAUACGGAUAGGAUCAGAGAAUCUGUAGUCAAAGAGUUAGAGUUUCCAAACUAUGCCCGGCUUAUGGAGGAAUUUGAAUUUAAAAAAAUGGAAUUACACGCGGUGGAAAUCAACAGCGUUGGAGAAAACAGCAUCGGUCUCUCUCCACCAGAAACUAUAAACCUGAAUGCUCUGCAGCUCGUGCAAGAAGCUUAUGAUUUCUUUCAAGAAUUCAAAGGAGUUAUUGUGGAUCGCAUCUUCACCUUAAAUGAGUUGAGAAAGAGCAGAGUUUUCUUCAACAGCACAAAUGCUGAAAAUGCUUUGACAGUAAUAGAAACAGAGCUUAACUUCAUGUAUGAAAUUAUGUUUACAAAGGCGGCAGUUGUGCAUUCGAAGUUGGGAUAUCUUUUCCGGUUUAUAUCUUUUACUUCAACUAUCGCAGCCCUGGCUAUAUUUUAUUUCCACGUAAAGAAACACGGUUUCAAUGAGUUUGAUGUUUGGAUUACUUAUGCGUUGCUGUUUGGUGCCAUAGGACAGGAUAUAUUGGCCUUUUUCAUGGGCAUUUUCUCGGAUUGGACGAUGGCUUUGCUCAAAUCAAUUGACUGGGCAGCACCACUCUUCAGUAAAUUCAUGCGCCUCAAGAAAACAAAAUGGUAUGUCUCUAAAACAGAGCCAAGGCUCAUGGAUUUCAGUACUCCAAUUCUGUUCCGUAGGUGGUCUGGUUCUAUCUUAGGCCAUAACUUGAUAAGAUACAGUCUCAAAGGUUGUAGUCCAAAAAGAACUACCAAUUGUAUUGGUAUUCUUGAAUUUUCCAUUCACUACUUGCACAUUUUAGUGGAACAAAUGACAGAUUUGUUGGGCUGCACAUCUUGCGUUGAUGAGAUAAUGCAUGUUUCACAGCGUAAAAUUACGAGAGAGCUUUGGGAAUUUAUCUUCACAGAAAUGCAAAAAAAGUCCAAGUUCGUCGAUAAUGGAGAAAAGGCGAAGGAGAUAUUUUCUGCUAGAGGUGAAUGGAUUCUCAAACAUGAACAUGGUAAUUACAACGAAUUAUUACUGCCUUUCAUUCUGAAGUUUACUUACGAUGAAAGCCUUCUAAUGUGGCACAUUGCCACUGAGCUGGUGUACAAUACUGAUGAAACCGAUGGCGAAGAACAUGCGAGAGAAUUCAGUAAGAUCCUCUCUGAUUACAUGUUGUAUCUUCUCAUCAUGCAACCUACUAUGGUUGCAGCUGCAGGUGGUAUUGGAAAAAUAAAUUUCGGUGAUGGUUCGGGUGGUGUGGGUAAACUACGAGUUAAAGAUACUUUAGCCGAAGCCAGAAGAUUUUUGGAAGAAAGGGUACAGGGAUUGGACGAGCAAGUACGAGAAGUGUGUCGUCAUUUUCUCAGCGUGAGUACAGGUGUUCAUCCCGUGUCCGUUAAGGGAGAUAGAAGCAAGUCUUUGCUAUUUGAUUCACUUGUUUUGGCUAAAAAACUUUUGAGUUUGAGGGAGGAGAAAUGGAGAAUAGUAAGCAAAAUAUGGGUAGAAUUGUUAGCAUAUGCUGCUAGUCACUGCAAAGGAAAUGCACAUGUCCAGCAGCUAAGCAGAGGUGGAGAGCUUCUUACUAUUGUUUGGCUUUUGAUUUCUCAUUUUGGCCUAGGAGAUCUUAAGAGUGUACAACAGUCAGCGAAUUAAUAACGAUUCAAGCAUCACCAUUUGGAUUAGAGAAGGAGAAUUCAUAGGUUCUAACGAAGUGAGAGCCAGAGGCUCAAUAUAAUUUGCUCAGCUAAUUUAGUUGUACCAACUCAUUAAUAUCUUUGUAUUGAGAUAAAUAAUUCAAUGUUGAUUCUCUUAAUUUCUUUUAAAUCUGAUUAUUAUUAUUUUCA